UGGCAGCAAAACACUUCUAAUGUUUGCUCAAGUAGUGUUUAAGGCUAUUGACCUGGUUAACUCUUAUACACGAAUGUUUGAAGGUGGAACUGCUUUUGAAGUUUUUAUACGUUGGACCAGUAUUCGUUCAAAGCUCAUCGUAAAUUCACCGUGACCUUGUAGAGGGACCAUGUUUAAGGUUUGCAAAUUUUUAUUGGAAAUGGGACGUUUCUUGGUACGAAUGGUCUAAUGGUCGUUAUCAGAGGGGCAUCCAACGUUCAUCUGUCCCGGUCGUCAUUUAUACGUUGGUAGGCUAACUCGAGACCAAACUUGGCUUGCUCUUGGAAAAAUGUCAACUACAGCCAAUGAGACGAUGUCGGUUUCAACUACCGGUUUCUUUUGUGAGCUCUGCAAGCUCGACUUCACUACGAAAGAGGAAUUAAAGGAGCACUGCUGGUCAAUCCUUCAUCAUGGUAAACUAAACAAAGCCAAAGGAAGAGAUUGUGUCCAUGAGUGCUCACUUUGUAACGAAACAUUUACCGAACUGUUAUCGUUCACCAAGCAUCUCCAUGGCGAUGCUCACCAAGAUCGGUACAAUACUUGGAAAAAGGAACAGGUCAACCAUUGGCAGUCACGCAACUAUUCCCCAAUCACUACCACCUCUACUACACAAAAAGAUUUCUUAACAAACUCGAACGGAAAUAGGGCUUCCGGCCAUAAUGAUAAAGCAUGCCAAGGGAGUUUCUGGGAGAGGCCCCAUUGGCAGAAUACGAGGUUUCGGAACCGGAACCGGAAAACACGUCACAACGACCAAGAGGCAGUUCCGGUUCGACUUCACACAUUUCGAAUUGAAAAUUCUGGGACGAUUACCGAAUUGGGACAUGACAAUGAACAUUCUGAAAUAAACUUUAACAUAGAAGAAGAGUCAAGCUUUAAUGAUUUUAAAGGUACUCGGAGAAGGUACCCCUCACGAAAUGAUUUUUAUCAGGCUUCCGAAAGGCCAAACACAAGAAACUGGGCUCAAUCCAACAAAGCACGGGGUGAUGCCCUCGGCAAAUCACAUAAAGGGAGACACAAAUCGUAUCACAAGUCACAUAAGCAAAGAAAUCCAAGCGCCAAGAGACACAAUAAUAGUCGAGGAUCGUCAACAUCGUUCGACAAAAGUGUAUCUAGUUUAGACGAUGGUCUCUCGAGCUCUAUGGAUCGAACUAGAAGUUCGACAACUGGGCUAGGUGUGUCGACUAGAACGUGUUCUUCAGAGUUUAUGAAUUCACAAACAGGAAAAGGCGACAGGAGUAGCGCACCAUUUGAACUCAAAACAGUGCAAAAUAGCCCAGGAAACGAGGAAAACCGCACGAGGAGUUUAAGAAAUCGAAGUAAGUAUACCUGGAUGUCUGAUUCGUACCGUGCGACCUUAAACAACGACGGUCUUUUCUCCAACAACCAACUUUAUACUGAUUUCACGACAACUUCAUCAAAACCAAACGAACAAAAAUUGAAAAGCGAUGGGAGUGGCCCCAGCCAUUCCAUUGUCGGGAACGGUGCUGACGACACAGAAGUUUUUACUUUAAAGGAAGCAACAGGUCACGACAACGGAAAUCCGGGGGAUUCCAAUGCUGAAAUCGUCAGCAAUAAUUCUAACAGUGAUCAAAGUAAACUUGAAACAACAGAGAGAGUACCGUUUGUCAGCAAGAGGCGCACGCGAUCAUCUUAUGCUAAGGGAAACGYAAAAGAUUUUGACAUGACAAUGGAUAAAGAGACCGGUUCGAAGACAAGACAUUACCUCAGUUCUGACACAAGCAAGCAUUCAACGACAAGCGAAUCAAAAUCAACAAAUGCAAAACUGACGAAAGAGCCAAAGAUUAACACACGACUUCGAUCGCGUUCGUCAAGCGAUGAUUCGACUCUGCUGUCACGACAAAACACCGUUCGUUCGUCGACCAAUUCAGUCACGCAAUAUCAAUCCUUGCAUAGACCUGGUGGACUAGGGUCUUUGGAGUUUACUUCAAGCAAUCUAGCUUUAAAAGAAACGAAAUCCAAGGAAACACCUUCGCAAAACGGAGACAAAGACAGCCAUAAAUUGUUGGCGAAAAUCAAAACGGAAGGCAGUGAUUCUGCUCUUAUGAAUGUUGAUUCCGGUACUGUUAGCAAGAUAAUAGAAGAACAACAGAACUCCGGAGGUGAAGCCGAGAGCAAUACUGAAUGCAGUUUUGUUCAUAUUGAUGGAGUGCAAUGCACAGCUAAAACCUCCGAAAGAUAUUGUAGCUAUCACAAGAAGUUUCCACAAGGAAAUCUAAUCAAAACUGAACCACAAGACACCAAUCCAACUUUGUCAUCACUUGACUUGAGUUCGACUACAGUAAAUCCAGACACCAGCAUGUCUUUUAAUAGUGGAUACCCUAGAAURAAAAACGGUUAUGAAAGAAAUCCGUCUCCAGAGAAAAAUGUCGAAAUGAUGGAUCUGAGCAUGAGCACUAAUUUUCUUUCCGUUGCACAUUCCCACAUGAGGAAGCCAAGUUACRCUAACUGGUCAGAAACUCGUUCAUUAAGGGAUGAGAGAGAAAAGACUGCUCCUGUUUCCUGGGCACGAACCAGUUCUGCUAUCAUUCUUCCCGCAUCGUCACGUUCUGAGAAUAAAGAGACCUUUUCCGCUCAUGUAGUAAAUGCGAAUUCAAAAUGGCAGACAAGCGAUMAUAGGGACGAGCCUAUGGGAAACAAAAUAGAGCGUGUCUCYCCUGCAAAUACACCGCCUUCUCCCUCAGUGCAUUCUCCUGCUCGAGAAGYUGGACCAUCCGUCGCUACGUUAGAUCUGUCGAGGUUGAAUUUACCUCCAAAUGUGCGUCGUGCUYUGGCUAUGAAAUACAGUGCUAAGAAGCCUAGUGAAUGCGUGACUACUGGAAGUAACGUUGUACCAAAUUUGAGCGCAUCACGUAAUCGAUUUGUUGAAGCCAAAAAGGAACCUCGUGSCUUGUUAGAAAGGUUGGAACAGCCGAAUGCUUUGUCUUAUCAACCUCUUCCACCUCCUGGACCCUUACGAGCAGCGCCMAUACGACAACAGCGAAGUAUCAGCUUAGAYUCAUAUCCAUCCAAGGUUGGCCCCUCCUCGUACGAACGACCUGGCUUAGUUCCUUCUAGUGAGCUAUUUCCCGSUUCUGUGUACAAUCCAACACAUUCACCGUUACCAAAACCAGUUAAUGCAUUUUCAUUCGCUCUCAAYUCCAAGCAAUCCACCCUGUCUGGAAAACCAAAAAUGAUAGACUUAAACAAUGCGGCGUAUUUACCUCCAAGAAGUUCCCCCCUCGCCAAGUUCUCUUCUAGUAAUCAAGCGAAAGAAUCUAAYGCCAUCCAUUUAGAAAAACACGGAAUGACUGAAUUGAAYCACACCUCGAUCRACAAGGAAGCAGUCAUGUCCAAGUUGGCUAUUCCUGCUCUUCGGUCAAAAAUAAGGACUAUGUCUACUGAACGAGACAGCGCCUACUUUAGGGGUGAUUCAGCGAUAUAUCAUAGUAAAAUAGUACAUCCCACGCUUCCAGKGUCAGAGAGAAGACCAAAUAGUGCUGAGCUGGACCGCUAUGUUGUGUUAGGAUCUGGUGCUGUUACCUCAUCCCAAGAAAGAAUCGAAAGGCCUGUACUGCUWCCAGCGGARUCGCGCGUGGUKUUUGACUCUAAAGAAGGGAAUGCUUACCGUGCUACAGWGGCGCAAGUUAGAAACCAUAUAGAACAAAACCAAMGAGAAGCAACGGCAAUUGCAUUAGAGUCCCAUUUUCGACAAUCCCUAAAUCCAAGGGAACGYGCAUCGAAGGAACAUKGUCUAGUUGAUCUUGGUUCUGUUGAUCCUCAACAAAAAACGCUUUCCACACGAAAUCUUCACCCCGUUGAAUCUCAUAUCACAGUACCCAGCCAUCUYAGGAAGCGCGAAUCUACACAACCAUCAAUCGCAAAUAUCAACGAUGCUGUUGCCAAACACGACGAGCAUGCUUUGAAAAGAAAAGCUGCUGAACUCCACGAGCCUCAAUUAAAGAAAAGAAAAGGAUUGGACAACUCAACUGCCAGAGGACCAAUGUCAUACCUUCCUGGAUUCGAAGUCCAGGAAUUGUUACGUCUAGAACAUCAGGAACAAAGCCAGUUAAAAUCGCUCCACGAUAUCCAAGACCAGAUUAAAGAAACUAAGUUAAAGMUGCAGGCCCUUUCUAUUGAGUUAGAAAAUUUGCAGUCCAAAGAAAGCAAGAUUUCAAAAGAAAUCGGUCACACAAAAAAUAAGAGGCUUGACAUUUUGCAAGGUGCUUUGCAUAGAAACAAUAGAAAGUCAGAAGAAGCAAGUCUUCCUUCAACAAUYARCAGUGUUUUCACYAAUGCGAAAGGCAGUGAGAUGCCUUCGACGACGUCGGUGCAAAGUGUMCAUCGUGUUAUUCCUCACUGCGGAAGCACAGAUGAAGCACCUUCUUCUACAGCCAAUGCACACGCUAAACACAUAGAAUCAAMAAGUYCACAGAGCAGUUUAGAAUUGUCCAAAACCCUUACAGACAGUAACAAUCACAUUGAARAUUUAUCACAAACUUCAGCUCCUUCUGUCAAAGUUAAGACAGAGGUCGUAGAAACAGCAGAUACACUUUCCACAUAUCCUAAUGGCGAAAAGACUACUCCCAGUGAAUUAUCAGAAAAUCACACUCAAGAGAAGCAAGACACGGAGAUGGSUGGYGAUGYUGUUACGAGAGACGAUGUGCCUACUCGGGACGAGCAGUCAAAGUGCACAGAAGAAAAACAAGUUGAUGAGCAUUUCGAGAAAAGUAAAAAAGACUUUUUGAACAAAAUCAGGCAAGAACUKAAUACUCCAAAGAAACGCCACCAGAUGAAAAAGMACCGAAAAAAGUUUUCUGAAGCWAAAAUCUCCAGUACAAUUGCUGUWUCGCGAGAUAAGCUCCUUUUAGUCCGUGAAAAAAUGCGCGGAUGGAAGGUACAACAAGAUGGCCUUGAUUCAAAYACACCUUCGACAAGCACGGAUGAUMGACCUUUAGACCAAAAUACGCCGUYUUUAAGUUACGAAGAAACUUCUAAUUUUCCAUCCUCAGAGGUACCGAUACGAGACACUGACUCUAUACYAAAACCUGAGAAACCUUCUUCAAAAUCCAGAGGUGCGGSCAGCUCUAGUAGGUCAGSAAGCAAAGCUGACUCGAAAAAUAAAACAAAAGUUCGGGUUGUUAUCAAAAAAGGACAUUCUAGUGAGGUUAAAGUGAACUUAAAAAAGAAAAGAAAGUCUUCGCAUCCAAACAAAGUUGACGAUMGUCCAGCAUCUCAAGAAACUCYACAMGCUGAAAAAAACACUGAAGAGCAGUUCAAGGAUGAAAGUGAAAGWCCGUUGAAUGUCGAUACGGAGCAGGCAAAGACUCAGGGUUCGCAGUUUCAUGUAGCCGCAGUGGAAUCAUUAAGAAAGAAACUUGAAAAAUCAAAUUCAGCAGUAAAGUCACUGUCGACAUCUAAAGCAAGAGCAUCUUCAUUUGAGGGCCACACGGGCGCAGUGUGCGCUUUGAAGGUUCACCAGGGACGUUUAUACUCCAGCUCUGCCGACAAAACAACCAAGGCGUUUGAUAUCCAGAAUGGAGAAUGCGUCAAAGAGUAUCUAGGUCAUCACCACGCUGUUAACUGCCUCGAGAUUUCACCAGAUGGAGAUCGCUUAUUCACUGGGUCUAAUGAUCAGACAGUUCGAAGCUACAACAUCAAGACUGGUUCCUGUUCACAUAAGUUCACUUUCGAUGGUCGUGUCAUGUGUCUUCAUAUUGGUUUUGGUUUUCUUUAYGUUGGACUGAGUACUGGUACCGUUACCAUCGUAGAUUUAAUGACUAACACAUGUGUUGAAAGAUUGCAAUGCCACGAACCACGAGCCGUGAGUUGCCUGGCAACUGCUUCUGAAGGUCAGCGGUCUUUGCUGUGUACUGGGUCUUUCGACGCGACAAUUUCAAUUCGAGACCACAAGGAUGGCUUAUUGAUUAAAACACUCAAUUCUCAUACAAUGACUGUACUGUGUAUCCAGGUYGUGGAAAAUGUGAUUUACAGUGGUGCUGCAGACUGCAAAGUUUUGGCUCACAACUUGAAUACGGGAGAACUCCUUCGCAGUUACUGUGGACAGACGUUGAGUGUGAGUGGUCUUCAGGUGGUUGGACGAGUGCUGGUCUCGUCUUGUUUAGACAAGCUUAUUCGCUGCUAUGAUCUUAUGUCCGCAGAGCUGCUUCAAGCAUAUGGAGGACAAUCAGAUAUGAUUUUUUCUGUCCAUGUGUCAAAUGGAAGGAUCUACAGUGGUGGCCGAGAUGGAAAGUUAACGAGUGUGAAACUAGACUUGAGAGUGUAUCAUCCCUGUAAGUGGAAAGACUGUCAACUUAAUUUUGGUAUCUCGUCGCACAUGAAGGAUCAUUUGAAAGAAUCCCAUGUCAUUCAGCCUGGAACUAUAGAGAAGUGCCUUUGGGCAGACUGUGGUCAAGUUUUCGCGGAUUCUGAAGAAAUAGAGACUAUUAUGGACCAUGUCUUGGGUCACGUGGAUUCAAAGAACAGCAAUUCUAAAAACUGAUACAAGCACAGAUUCCCAUGUCAGCAUUCAUAGAAAUUCUUAUAAUUGUUCAAUUUGUAAUUACUAUAUAGCAUUAUUAAACCGUUAUUGAUCAUCAAGAAA